UUGAAGUGUUUAGUCUUGGGCAAAAAAUACAUAAAACAAGAUCUUUCCAAGGUCUUCUAAGGUACAGAAGUAAGUCAUGGAAAAAGACAGCACAGAGGACAUAGAGUCUCUCAUGGAGGACAUGGACUACAUCCCUGGUCACUUCCACCUAGACCUACAUCUUAACUGUGAGCCUACUGGACCGGUAAAGUUGCGGCACCGGGACACAUACCUAAAACAAGAGAGCCUGAAAGCUGAAUUAGAAGCUGAAGUCGGAUAUCUACAAUAUGCUGUCAGAAAUUUUCUGGGUCUGUUGGCUUUUCAUCUUGAACAACUGGACAAAGCAGAGGAAAUAUUCAGGAGCAUUUGUAAAGAAGACCCUGGGAACCUUAAUGCUUGGGCCAACCUGGGCUAUGUGUAUGAUAAGCUGGGGAGAGAACUGGAUGCAGGGGAGUGUGUGGACAAAGUGUCCCAUCUCAUGGGCAUAGAUGCAGGGGAGGCCUCUCAAGAGGAGACCAGACUGUUGGCUGCUCGCUGCCUGGCAGAGCAGGCUUACGUUUAUCCAUAUGAUGUAGAACUGGACAGCGAGGAUGACCUGAGGGAGAGGCUGAUGUCGGCACUGACAUUUUACAACAGAGCUCUGUGUUAUGGGGGUCAUCUGAUACCAACAGAGGAAAAACUAAGCUGGUAUUUCAAAAUGGCCGUCAUUUAUUUACGACUGGACCAUAUAGUAAAGACUAAAGAGGAAUCUGAGUACUUCAGACUUUCACACUACAAUAAGGGACUCAAGCUACUCAAAGAAACACUUCAAUCUGAGAAAAUACAGCACAAAGCUCUAGCCUGGUGUUAUGUUGGAAUUAUGCUGGAAAGGAAAGAAGAGUUUUCUUCUGUGCCCAUGUCCGUACACGACUGUGGCUUUUCAGCCUCUGAUCCUCUGUCCUGCUAUGGAACAGCCAUAAAUGUGGCCAGUGAUAAUGCAUUCAUCCUGAACCUUCUGGCCAAGGUCUUCUUUCUCAUGGGCAAAUAUGAGAUGGCUACAGGGAUCUGCAACAUGGCCCUGAAUGUUCUGCCAGAUCCUGAGCUCAACUGGCAGGCUUACUGUACCCGUGCCAAGAUCAAUAUGAUCCUAUAUGUCAAGGACCUGGAGAAGGCAAAGCAAAGACAGGGUGGACUUCCAGACCGUCAGAAGCUAACUGAGGCUAGAAAUGACUUGGACAAGGUGCUUGCAGUGCGCCCAUGUCUGCGGACUCAUCUAGAGAUGGCUCAGGUAUAUUACUACAUGGGUGUAGAUGCACUCCAAGAGAGCAUUCUGGUGGAUGAGCCUGCAAUAAACUGUGCUCUAGUAAGUCUCUCCCAUGCCCUAAACUUUGAGCUCAGUGACACCUUGCCAGAUAUCCAUGUGCUCAGAGGACGCUGCCUCCUAAUGAAAGGCGAGGAGCAGAAUGCUGCAGAUUGCUUCAAGCGGGCCAUGGACUUGGAGAGACCAGGGAGCACAGACACAACAGCCCUGCACUGCCUCCUACAGGCCUUCCUGGCUCUGUUUAUGCAGGGAGGUCCUGAUUCCAGCCCUGUUAUCACUCAGCUGGAGCUAUGGGUGCACAAGGCAGAGCAGAAGUACCCUCAGGAGAUAGUGAAAUCUGAGCUUAGGUCUCUUUAUAGAACUCAUACAGAAGAGGUUACAGAGUUAUCCAAGGCUAUGAUCAGGACAGGACGUCUGAACUUAGUGAGGAGGCUAUUGGAAACAGUGGUGCCUAAACAGCUGGCUAAGAGGAAACCAGUUGCUAGGUCCUUUUCAUUUACAUGAAGAAAAUAUAAUUUUAACUAAUAUGCAGUAACACUAAUGGACACCAAAAGAACAAUAAUUAAAGAAAGCCUUUACAAAGUUUCACAAAUUUCAGUGUUGUUUCUGCCUUAAACUGUGAUAUUUCAACAAGUGACAUUUUCUUCUUUGGAUAAAGGUUAUAACCACUAAGGUAUUACAUUGUUACAGUGCUGCUUAUUAAUAUGUGCUAACAUAUAUUUGAAAAUAUAUGUUUGAGUGAUAAACUUUGACUUUUUCCACAAUGAUAUGUAACUGCUGCUCAGUUGUCUUCACUCAAAUGAAAAGUUUCUACUAAAAGUCCAGCUGCUGCUUGACUACGUCACCCAAAAAGGCACUACAAAAGAUCACCAGUGGAUGGCAGUAUUAGUAAUUAACAUGUUUCCUUGUUUGAAGAACAUUUUGUUAUAUUGUGCAAACAAACUGAAUCAUAAUUUUUCAACAAUAAACUCAUUGGCCUUGGCUCAUUUUGUA